UUUUAAACAGUUCUCAUGUGCUUCCCCUUUUCUCUCUCUCUCUCUCUCUCUCUCUCUCGGAGGAACAUCUUUGGGCCUCUAUCUGAAGCUGUGUCUACACAAAAUGUCCAGGAGAUUGUCUACACACCUAACUCGUCCCAGAAAGCCACCCACACCAUGUCGAACAUGGAGAAACACUUGUUUAACCUCAAGAUUGCUGCCAAGGAGCUGCAGCACAACUCUAAGAAAUGUGACAAAGAGGAGAAAGCAGAAAAGGCGAAAGCAAAGAAGGCUAUCCAGAAGGGAAACAACGAGGUAGCUAGGAUCCAUGCAGAGAACGCCAUCCGUCAGAAGCACCAGUCCAUUAACUUACUGAGGAUGAGUGCCCGUGUGGACGCUGUGGCCUCUAGGGUCCAGACUGCUGUCACUAUGAACCAGGUCACUAAAUCCAUGUCAGCAGUUUUUAAAUCGAUGGAUGCGACUCUGAAAAGCAUGAACUUGGAAAAGAUCUCGGCCCUGAUGAACCAGUUUGAGAGGAACUUUGAGACGAUGGACGUGCAGGCGGUGCUGAUGGAAGACACCAUGGGCAGCACAUCCACCCUCACCACGCCGCAGAACGAAGUGGACAUGCUUCUGCGAGAGAUGGCUGACGAAGCGGGGUUGGAUCUCAGCUUGGCGCUUCCUCCUGGACAGACGUCCCCCGUGACUUCCACUGUGGCUUCAGCCGAGCAGGAGGAGCUUUCCAAGAGACUGUCUAAGGUGAGAGACCAAGCGUCGUAGAGACGCAGUGGAAAAGGAGACGGAUGAAGAAAUGAAAGGAGACGCAAGGGAAAGAAGAACUCCAGCAGAAAUACAAGCAAAAAAAAAAAAAAA